GAGGAGGAGGAGGUGGGGGGGCUGCCGAGCGCGCCUCGGGAGGAUGGCGGAGCCGCACGAAGUACCAAUACGGAGCAUUUGACCUUCUAAUCUCUCGAGCUGAAUCUCCUGACACCAGGAUUAGGAAAGAGUGCCUUCAGAACCAAUAUGUAGCAAAUGGGUAUCACACCUCCGAAGCUUCUCCCUUGGUUCAACCCUUGCGUGUUUUAAGGAUCCUUGUCGCCUCAGCAGUGAAUUGUUCUUGUGAACUUCAGAAACGGAUUUCAUGUGGUGCUUGCUAAACACUGAGUCACCAUGAGUAGUAAUCUAGGAAAAGAAAAGGACUGUAAAGAGAAGGAUCCAAAAGUCCCGUCAUCAAAAGAAAGGGAGAAGGAGGCCAAAGCCUCUGGAGGAUUUGGGAAAGACAGUAAAGAAAAGGAGCCUAAGACCAAAGGGAAAGAUGCCAAAGAUGGAAAGAAGGACUCCAGUACCUCGCAGCCUGGGGUAGCUUUUUCAGUGGACAAUACAAUAAAAAGACCUAAUCCAGCCACAGGUACCCGCAAAAAAUCCAGCAACGCUGAAGUGAUCAAAGAGCUAAAUAAAUGCCGGGAAGAGAAUUCCAUGCGCUUGGACUUGUCCAAGAGGUCCAUACACUCGCUUCCAACAGCUAUCAAAGAGCUGACGCAGUUAACAGAACUUUAUUUAUACAGUAACAAACUGCAGUCCCUACCCCCGGAGGUGGGCUGUCUCGUGAACCUGAUGACACUGGCCCUGAGUGAAAACUCUCUUACCAGUUUGCCUGACUCUCUUGAUAACUUGAAGAAACUGCGCAUGCUUGACCUGCGGCAUAACAAACUGAGAGAGAUCCCCGCCGUGGUGUACAGGCUGAGCUCCCUCGCCACGCUUUACCUACGCUUUAAUCGUAUAACUACUGUGGAAAAGGAUAUCAAAAACUUGUCCAAACUCACCAUGCUUAGCAUACGAGAGAACAAAAUCAAGCAACUACCUGCUGAAAUUGGUGAGUUGUGUAACCUCAUAACGCUGGAUGUAGCGCACAAUCAGCUUGAACAUCUUCCAGAAGAGAUUGGAAGCUGCACGCAGAUCACCAACCUUGACUUGCAGCACAAUGAGCUCUUGGACCUGCCAGAAACUAUAGGAAAUCUGUCCAGUCUAAGUCGUCUUGGCCUGAGGUACAAUAGGCUGUCAGCAAUCCCGAAGUCUUUAGCAAAAUGCAGUGAACUUGAUGAACUGAACCUGGAGAACAACAACAUUUCUACUUUACCGGAGGGUCUUUUAUCCAGCCUUGUCAAACUGACUAGUUUAACACUGGCCAGGAACUGCUUCCAGUCCUAUCCUGUGGGUGGCCCGUCCCAGUUCUCCACAAUCUACUCUCUCAAUAUGGAGCACAACCGCAUCAAUAAAAUCCCCUUUGGAAUUUUUUCUAGAGCGAAAGUAUUAAGUAAGCUGAACAUGAAGGACAAUCAGCUGACGUCUCUCCCCUUGGACUUCGGGACUUGGACCAGUAUGGUAGAACUGAACUUAGCGACUAAUCAGCUCACAAAAAUCCCUGAGGAUGUAUCUGGGCUUGUUUCUCUUGAGGUUCUUAUCUUGUCAAACAAUCUACUAAAGAAACUUCCCCAUGGAAUUGGAAAUCUACGGAAACUCCGAGAGCUAGAUCUAGAGGAAAACAAACUGGAAUCCUUGCCAAAUGAAAUAGCUUACCUCAAGGAUCUGCAGAAAUUGGUUCUGACUAAUAAUCAGUUGACCACCCUUCCCAGAGGUAUCGGUCACCUUACCAAUCUGACGCACCUUGGGCUUGGAGAGAAUCUUCUCACACACCUUCCUGAGGAAAUUGGUACACUGGAGAAUCUGGAAGAACUGUAUUUGAAUGACAACCCCAAUCUGCACAGCCUUCCCUUUGAGCUGGCUCUUUGCAGCAAACUGUCAAUAAUGAGUAUUGAGAACUGCCCGCUCAGCCACCUUCCACCUCAGAUUGUUGCAGGAGGACCCUCCUUCAUCAUCCAGUUCCUAAAAAUGCAGGGACCAUAUCGUGCCAUGGUCUGAUGCUAAUCGGAUUGUCCAAUACACUGUACAAAAUACAAACUGCAUUAAUGUUGUAAUUGUCUGUAUAUGUAUAUAUAAUAUAAUAUAUGUGGUUUAUAUUAUAUUAUAUAUAUAUAUAAAUAUAUAAAUAAUAUAAAAAGGCAAAUUUAAGACUGCAUUAUGUGUUUCUGCUAAUAGAGGAAUCAUAGCCAUUUAGAUUUUUUUUUUUUUAUUCUGUAAAAAUGCUUGUCUAAGUUUUCUUUGCUGAAUUUGAUGGAAGUUGUCUGAAUAAUCUGGAAAUGCCAGUUCAUUUAAAGCAAUUGCCAAUGAACUCAAAGUUUAAAUUUAAGGGACAAAAAUAGUUUUGCUUAGAUUUACUUUCAGUUAAGAGAAAUGUAUAACCUUUAUAUAAUGAACUUUUCUGUUUUCCUCCCUCUCUUUUUUUUUUUUUCGUGUCAAAACCUGAAAGGGUCAUGUGUCCUGAGGUUGGGAUUUUCUUUUAACUUAUUUUGAGAUUUGAAGCAAAUGGUGUUUUUAUAUUGUUUACAGUCAGAGUAAAUCACUGGAUUUUGUUUUAUUCUGAUUUGCUCUGUUUUAAUCAAUCAUAUCUAGAAUUUAUAUGCCUCUGCUGAUGAAUUUUUAUCAACCGGUUUGUAUACUAAAAGCAUAUACUCAUCAGAACAACUGGCAGGUGAAAAGGUUGCAGUCAAAACAAAAGAAAAAGAAAAGAAAAGAAAAAAAAAAAAGCUUGAAUUCCUUUAAGUCUUGCUUCCCUGAGUUAUCAGUUGCAGGCAUAACAUAUCUGAACUGAGCCUUUUGCGGUUGGUCUUUUCUAGCACAAGUAAAUCUUUUCAGAUUGGUAAAAACGUGGAGUAAACUCAGUGAAGAGCGUUUUUCAUUUCGUGAAGUAACAAUUCCAUGAGGUCUAACAGUACAGUUAAGUGGCGAGGAAAUAAUAUAUAUGUACAUUUUUAUUACAAUGUUGAGUCAUAAACUACAACAGGCAAUUUUAAGGAUUCCUUAUAGUCCUUGUACAAUAAAUGAAUGUGUCUUACUUUUAAACACUGCAAUAUAUGUAAGUUUUAAGGUUGGUUAACAAUGUACUAUGGUUUUAUAUCUUGACUUGCCUUGUACCUCCUUCCAUUAUGGAACUUCUGUGUCCAAGCACAAUAUCUUCACACUGUGCUGUUUUGCUGCUGAACUAAAUGCACUUUUCCCCACGGCCGGGGCACUUGCUUCAAAAUAUUCAGUUCAGUAUCUUGAUUAUUCUUUUUUUAACUUCAUCCUAUCUGUUUCAGUAUUAAACCAAUCUAUUACAAAA